UUUAACAGAUACUAUGCCCAAAAUGAUUUCCACUUUCGCACUCUUCGUUUUUAGCAUAUUGCUUGGUCAUGCUGCUCCUCAAGAUGCACUUAUUCGUCAGAAUUAUUAUAAUCCAGUUCAAUUACCCAUAACACAAAGUGUUCCAUUAGCACGCCCACUGCCACCCUUACCUCAGCCCAUUGUACCAAAUGUUCUAAUACCAAUAAAUACUGGCUCCGCUUCAGCUAGUGGAAACAUGUUAGAUACUAGCUCUGGCUCUGGUUUAGGAUCACUCUCACGCUCACGAUCAUGCUCAGGCCCAGGAUCAUGCACAGGCAAAGGCUCAGGCAGAGGCUUUGGAUCAUGCUCAGGCCCAGGAUCAUGCUCAGGCGCAGGAUCAGGCUCAGGUUCAGGAUCAUGUACAGGAACAGGAUCAUGCUCAGGCUCAGGAUCAGGAUCAGGAUCAGCAUCAUGCUCAGGCACAGCAUCAUGCUCAGGCUCAGAAUCAGGCUCAGGCUCAAGAUCAUGCUCAGGCUCAUCAUCAUGCUCAGGCUCAGGAUCAGGCUCAGGAAUUGGAUCAUGCUCAGUCUCAGGAUCAUGCUCAGGCUCAGGAUCAGGAUCACGCUCUGGCACUAUCUCUGGUGGAAAUCCAUUAAGAACUAGCUCUGGCUCUGGCUCAGGCUCAGGAUCAGGAUCAGGAUCAGGAUCAGGAUCAGGAUCAGGAUCAGGAUCCGGCUCAGGCUCAGGAUCAGGAUCAGGGUCAGGCUCAGGCUCAGGCUCAGGCUCAGGAUCACGAUCAGGAUCAGGUUCAGGAUCAGGCUCAGGCUCAGGCUCCGGCUCAGGAUCAGGCUCAGGGUCUGGAUCAGGCUCAGGAUCAGGCUCAGGAUCAGGUUCAGGAUCAGGCUCAGGCUCAGGAUCAGGAUCACGCUCUGGCAUUACCUAUGGUGGUAAUACAUUACGAACUAACUCUGGCUAUGGCUCAGGAUCACGAUCUUGCUUAGGCCUAGGAUCAUGCACAGGCAAAGGCUCAGGCAGAGGCUUAGGAUCAUGCACAGGUCCAGGAUCAUGCUCAGGCGCAGGAUCAGGCUCAGGUUCAGGAUCAUGUACAGGAACAGGAUCAUGCUCAGGCAGAAACUCAGGCACAGGCCCAGUAUCAUGCGCAGGCCCAGGAUCAUGCUCAGGCUCAGGAUCAGGCUCAGGCUCAAGAUCAUGUUCAGGCACAGCAUCAUGCUCAGGCUCAGAAUCAGGCUCAGGCUCAGGAUCAUGCUCAGGCUCAUCAUCAUGCUCAGGCUCAUGGUCAGGCUCAGGAUUAGGAUCAUGCUCAGUCUCAGGAUCAUGCUCAGCCUCAGGAUCAGGAUCACGCUCUGGCAUAAUCUACGGUUUAAAUAUAUAAGGAACUAGCUCUGGCUUUUGCUCUGGCUCUGGCUCUGGAUCAGACUCAAGCUCUGGAUCGGGUUCAGGUUUAGGUAAAGGCAUCGUAUACGUUUAGGCAAAGCAUGAGGCUCAGGAACCAGCAACAAGACACAAGAAGCUAGCUCUUGCUCUUUUAGAUAGUAUAUAUAAUAUGUAUAUAAUUAUAGAAGUACGAUUUCUAUAAUUAUAGAACCAGUCAUCCCCGGAAUAGUACCUUACCCGCAAUCAAAGGGUAAACUUUGAGAUGCCAGCAGUCAUUCGCAAUCAAUAUAGAUUUUACUAAACCGAUAUUUAUAAGUAAGCAAGCAUUCUAAAAAUCAAUCUAUGUAUUGAAGCAAAAAUAUCAAUAAAUAAAUGAAGUAAGA